AUCCACCGUUCGCUCUCUGCCCCUCUCUCGAUCUCGACUUGUUGACCCGUGUUGACCGUAGCGAUGCCGAACCCGAAGGUCUUCUUCGACAUGACGAUCGGCGGAGUGCCCGCCGGGCGGGUCGUGAUGGAGCUGUACGCGGACACGACCCCGCGCACCGCGGAGAACUUCCGGGCGCUCUGCACCGGCGAGAAGGGGGUCGGGAGGAGCGGGAAGCCGCUCCACUUCAAGGGCUCCAAGUUCCACCGGGUCAUACCCGGCUUCAUGUGCCAGGGAGGUGAUUUCACGGCGGGGAACGGGACCGGAGGGGAGUCGAUAUACGGAGCGAAGUUCGCGGACGAGAACUUCAUAAAGAAGCACACGGGGCCUGGGAUCCUGUCCAUGGCCAACGCGGGGCCCGGGACGAACGGGUCCCAGUUCUUCAUAUGCACCGCGAAGACGGAGUGGCUCGAUGGGAAGCACGUGGUGUUCGGGCGGGUGGUGGAGGGAAUGGAUGUGAUCAAGGCCGUCGAGAAGGUCGGGUCGUCCUCCGGCAGGACCUCCAAGCCCGUCAUGGUUGCUGAUUGCGGCCAGCUUUCUUGAGCCAUGAUAUAGAGAUCUCUCUCGCAAGUCACGAUGGCUCUUCGUAUAAUAAAAGUGUCACCUAAACGAUGACUUCUUGGUCGUGCACUUCCGAAAAGAAGAGAAGAUCUCACCCAUUGAAAAUAAGGUGAAAUAUUUACUUGCCUUGCAAGAGGGAAACCUUUGACAAGGGUUUGGAACAUAUAUUGUUGAAUACAAUGUAUUAUAAUGUUGGUGUCUUGGUGAAAUAUAGAGGUAUGGUUGUGUGGGAUCGUGAUCUGAACCGGAUGAACAG